ACUUGGACUUCCCGAGCGCUUAGUACAGUGCUCCGCACACAGCCUUCCCUGAUUCGUUCCCUCUGAAGCCGGCAAACCUACAUAAACCCCGGGCUUUCGAACGUCCAUUCCGAGAUAUUUUCGACCGACCAGCUCCUUCUGGGCAGCGAGUGCACUUUGACCCCUCAACGCUGCCUCGGCCCUGCUCCCGCCUCAACAUCUCCUGGGCCCCGAGCUCCCCACAGGGCCAGGACGGACGCCCCUUCGGGGAGACUGGGCAUCGUUUUGAGCACCGACGGGAGGGUAUCCUCGGUCGGAAGAGAACGCGCCCACUUGCCAUGGCCAACGGUGCCCCCGGCCUUCCGCGGACCUGCCCGCCCGCCCGGUGACGGUGCCCGGAUCCUGAAUGCCACCCGUCGUCCGAGCUGUCGCCGCUCCCGCCGCCUCCUCCUCUCCAUCCUCCUCCUGCUCCCCGUCUUCGUCGGCCCGGGGUCCCUUCCUGCCGGCCCCGCCGCACACCAUGGGGGGCUGUUUCUCCAAGCCCAAACCAGGUGACCGCCUCGCCCUGCUCUGCCCACGCUGGAAAUUCGAGAGCAAACUAGUGGAGGUGAAGAUCGAAGUGGUGCUUCCAGAGAAGGAGCGAACCAAGGAAGACCCGUCGCCCAACGGCACCGCCAGCCCGCUGGCGUACAAAGUGAACGGGGCAGCCCGCCAGUACCACCCGGAGGAGCGGCCCGGGGGUCUCCACCCCUAUCCGGGACCCCAGGAUGUGGUCGAGGCGGCCGUCUGUCACGUCAAGGACCUGGAGAAUGGGCAGAUGCGUGAAGUGGAACUGGGCUGCGGGAAGGCCCUGCUGAUCAAGGACGGCGGCGAGUUCCACGCGCUGGGCCACAAGUGCCCGCACUACGGAGCUCCGCUUGUGAAAGGGGUGCUGUCCCGCGGCCGGGUGCGGUGCCCAUGGCACGGGGCCUGCUUCAACAUCGCCACCGGAGACAUCGAGGACUUCCCCGGCCUGGACGGGCUCCCCAAGUUCCAGGUGAAAAUCGAGAAGGAGAAAGUGUACAUUCAAGCCAGCAAGCAGGCUCUGCAGACCCAGAGGAGGAGCAAGGUCAUGGCCAAAUGCAUCUCCCUCAGCAACUACCACAUGGGCAGCACCAAUGUUCUCAUCAUCGGGGCAGGGGUGGCCGGCCUGGUGUGCGCCGAGACGCUGAGACAGGAGGGCUUCUCCGACCGCAUCGUCAUGUGCACCAUGGACAGACACCUGCCCUACGACAGACCCAAGCUCAGCAAGUCCCUGGAUUCCCAGGCAGAGCAGAUCGCCUUGCGCCCCAAAGAAUUCUUCCGGACGUACAACAUCGAGGUGCUCACGGAGACUCAGGUUGUGUCCGUGGAAGUCAAGAACAAGAAAGUCGUGCUGAAGGAUGGCUUCAAGAUGGAGUACAACAAGCUGUUGAUCGCGACCGGAAACACCCCAAAGUCCCUGAGCUGCAAAGGGAAGGAAGUGGAGAACGUUUUCACCAUCCAGACCCCUGAAGACGCCAACCGCGUCGUGAAACUGGCCAGUGGCCGGAAUGCCGUCGUCGUGGGGGCUUCCUUCCUGGGGAUGGAGGUGGCGGCCUACCUGACGGAAAAGGCCCAUUCCGUGUCCGUGGUGGAGCUGGAGGAGUUGCCGUUCAAGAAGUUCCUUGGGGAGAAAGUUGGCCGAGGCCUCAUGAAGAUGUUCGAAAGCCGUCGGGUGAAGUUCUACAUGCAGACGGAGGUGUCCGAGCUGAGGGCCCAGGGGGGCCAGCUCAAGGAGGUGGUACUGAAAAGCAGCAAGGUCCUGCGGGCUGAUGUCUGCGUGGUGGGCAUAGGAGCCGUCCCUGCCACGGGGUUCCUGAAGCAGAGUGGCAUCGCCAUGGACUCCAGGGGCUUCAUCCCCGUCAACAAGAUGAUGCAGACGAACAUCCCCGGGGUGUUCGCGGCUGGAGACGUGGUCACCUUCCCGCUGGCCCUGAGGAACAACAAGAAAGUCAACAUCCCUCACUGGCAGAUGGCCCAUAUGCACGGGCGCGUGGCCGCUCAGAACAUGCUCGCUCAGGAAGCGGAGAUCAGCACAGUGCCCUGCCUCUGGACUGCCAUGUUUGGGAAGAGCAUCCGCUACGCAGGCCACGGAGAGGGUUUCGACGAUGUCGUCAUCCAGGGAGAUCUGGACGAAUUCAAGUUUGUGGCAUUUUACACCAAGAGCGAUGAGGUCAUAUCCGUGGCCAGCAUGAACUACGACCCCAUCGUGUCCAAAGUGGCCGAGGUCAUGGCCUCGGGGAGAGCCAUCAGGAAGCGCGACGUGGAACUGUUCGUUCGUCACGGCAAAACCGGAGACAUGUCGUGGUUAACGGGCAAAGGGUACUGACCCCGGCUCGGGGCCGGGGGCCGGAGCUGGCCGUGCUGCGGAGCGUGCUGCGGACAGUGCUGCUCUCCCCGACCCAGCGCCGGGGAGCCCACCGCCCACCGACAGAUUCGUCGCUCCGAAAGCCGCCGUCGUCCACCUGUCACGUAUACACACGUGCAAGGACACGUACGCAGUCCCACACGUGUCCCCCCCAUGCAGGCAUACACAUAAACACGCACACUCACGCACAAACACAUCUGCACACUUGCACAUGUGCUCUCCCACACAUUCAUACAAACAUACACACACCUGCACACUUAUCCACUCAAGCGCAAAUAUAUAUACACACAUUCACACGUAUACUCUCACACACGCCCUAAUGCGUGCACAUAUAUGUUUGGUUUUGUUCUCUGUCUCCCCGUUUUUAGACUGUGAGCCCACUGUUGGGUAGG